CCCCCUCCCCUCCCCCUCCUCGCCCACGCUCGCGUGUUCUUCCUCUCUCGCUUGCACCCUCAUCCCCCCCUCGCCGGCUGCCGCCCCUCCCUCCGCUUUCUCUCUCCCUCCUCCCCUCUUUGUGCUUGAGGCCUUCUCCUGAUUGGAGCUCCCCUGCCGUCUGCUCCCGCCCUUUCCCCUCCCCAGCCACCCAGAUGCUGCGUCUUGCCUUGCAGCAGCGGGCGGCGCUGCGGCGCAUCACCCUAGCCAGCGGCCGGCUGGCCCCGCGCCCUGGUAUUCCCUCGGUGGCUCGGCCUUUGGCCCCGGUGGCUCGGCGCGAGUAUGGCGGCGGUGGCGGCCCCCGGCCGGCACACACCUCCCGCCAUGCCGGCAACCACAGCACAAGCCCCGCCCCCGGUGCCGGCAUCUUUGUGUCGGAGUACUUCCAGCUUUCGCCCUUUGAGGUGCAAAAUUUCCUGCAGCUCCAUCGCAUGGAGAACUCCAGUGUCGGGGAGGACGUACACGUGAAGCACUGCAUCCGUUGUCGCACCAUGCGCCUGUCCGAGUCCAACUGGUCGCUGACCAUCAACAAGAGCAAUGGGAAAUUCUUUUGCAGCGCCUGUCGCGGUGGCGGGUCUUGGUAUGACUUCAAGAGCCUCACCUAUGGGCCCUCCUUCUCGAGCACCUGCGUCGGGGGCACCGGCCUCGGGGCCGGCCCGACCGAUCCGCCCUCCAUGACAUUGGAUGACAUCCGGAUCUCUCUUGAGCAGAGCCCCGAGGUGAUUGGUUGGAUCCAGGAACAGCACCACAUCCACCAGGACACCCUGAGGCAAUUUGAUGUCGGGAUCUUCGAACUGGUUCGAGAGCCGGUCGAGUCGCAAGACGAAGCCGAAGUCGCCGCCACCCAGACAAUCCCAUACCUGGCCUUCCCAUGGUUUUCCUGCACCCAGAAGGACAGCCAGUCGACCUCCUCCGGCCCAGGCACCCUGGCCACCGGGGAUCUCCUGCGUGUGAAGCUGGUCAACAUCCAAGAUUCGAAGAGCUUCGAGCUGGACCCACGCCAGGGCGAGACGGCUCUCUUCGGCCUGCCGACCGUGGUAUCAUCCCCCAGCAAGGGCCUCAUCAUCACGGCCAAUGAGUGGGAUGCCAUGGCCGCGACCCAGGAAACCGGCCUCCCGGCGGUGGCCCUGCCCCUGGACUACCUGUCGCUGCCGAUCAACUCCAUGCCGCUGCUCGAGCACUUCUCCCGGAUUUACCUGUGGUUCCCGAGCGAUGUGGCGGGCAAUGAGGCGGCCGACAAGUUUGCCCGCAAGCUCGGCCGCGAUCGGUGCUUCGUCGUCCGGCCGCCGGUGCGGGAGGAUGGCAGCCGCGACACGGCCGAGCCCUGCCAGCCGUCUACCAUCCUGCAGACGUACCACAGUGUGGACUCCGGCAGUCGGACUCUCCAGCCGGAGGAGGUGGCUCGAGCCAUGGAGCUCCUGCAGGUGGACAUGUCUUCCGGCGCCGGGCCAUCGGCCGCCGGGAGCCAAAUGCUCCGGCGUCUGCUGGAUGCCGAGCGCAUCCCGCACGAGCAGAUCCAGCGCUUCACGGCUCUGCGGACCGAAAUCUACAAUGAGUUCAUGCAGCCGGCUCGGGUGCUCGGUGUCCCCUCGCGCACUCUGCCCGGGCUGACUCGCAUCAUCAAGGGCCUUCGCCGGGGCGAGCUGACCAUUGUCACCGGGGCCACCGGCUCCGGCAAGACCUCCUUCCUCAGCCAGCUGUCGCUGGAUUACUGCGUCCAGGGGGUGUCCACCCUGUGGGGCUCCUUCGAGAUUCGGAACUCUCGUCUGGCCAAGAAGAUGAUUUCCCAGUAUGCUGGCCGUGGCUUCGACACGGACAGCCUGAAGGACUUCGACAAGUGGGCAAACAUGUUCGAGAGGCUGCCGAUGCACUUCCUGCGGUUCUUCGGCUCGACCAAGGUUGAGCUCGUCCUCGACGCCAUGGAGCACGCGGUCUAUGUGCACGACGUCGAGCACAUCAUCCUAGACAACCUCCAGUUUAUGAUGUCCGGUCAGGGGAAGGGUGGCUAUGAGAAGUUCGACAUGCAGGACAAGGCCAUUGAGCAACUGCGCACCUUUGCCUCGGAGAAGAACAUCCACAUCACCGUGGUCAUCCACCCCCGCAAGGAGGAUGACAAUGUCCCCUUGAUGACGAGCUCGGUGUUCGGCACGGCCAAGGCCACCCAGGAGGCCGACAACGUCAUCAUCCUCCAGCGUAACCGCCGUGGGCGCUAUCUUGAUGUGCGGAAAAACCGCUUCGAUGGUGAGCUCGGCACCGUGGGUUAUGUGUUCGAUCGGCCGUCGCAGCGCUUCAUCCAGGUCGAGGCCAACACCGUGUUGCCGGGGAACUCCGACGAGGAGGCCUCCGGAUCCGAGGCCCCCAUGAAGCCCGGCCCCUCGGCCGGUGCCCGCACUGCCCUAACCAAUGCUGGUCGCCCUGCGGUGGCCGCUGCCUCCGCCGGCAAAGCUUGAAUGCGCCCGGCCCGACCGGGUGUUGCCCACGUGUGCCCCUGCCCUCGCCCCCCUACCUUGCCUGACCCCGUGGUGUUGUCUGGGCGCGCGUCACCUCCCUCCCGUCCCCCCCCCC